AUGAAUCGGGAACUGCGGCGUGAGGUGCAGCGAAAGCAGCGAGAAUUGAAUCAGUUGAGGAAGCGUUGGGCGGAAGACAAAGGAAAGGGCGAAAAAGCUGUGGCACGUCAUGCAGGGCUUGCUGGCAGUGCAGUAAGGUAUUUGCUGCAGGAUCGGCUCCAGGCGGAAGCUCAUGGAAAUGAAUCGGACGACUCCUCGACAGAGUCUUCAGAACCAUCUGGAGCAUCAUCACAGGAUACCUGA